CCUCUCUUUUGCUUUGGAUGCAGCAGGGGAGCUGAACAUCCGCAGCCAUGACGACUCACGUCACGCUCGAGGAUGCCUUGUCCAACGUGGACUUGCUGGAGGAGCUGCCCCUGCCAGACCAGCAGCCAUGCAUCGAGCCUCCUCCCUCCUCCAUCAUGUACCAGGCCAAUUUUGACACCAACUUUGAGGACAGGAACGCCUUUGUGACAGGCAUUGCCAGGUACAUCGAGCAGGCCACAGUGCACUCCAGCAUGAACGAGAUGCUGGAGGAAGGGCACGAGUACGCCGUGAUGCUCUACACGUGGAGGAGCUGCUCACGAGCCAUCCCUCAGGUGAAAUGUAAUGAACAGCCAAACCGAGUAGAGAUUUAUGAGAAAACAGUGGAAGUCCUGGAGCCAGAAGUCACCAAGCUUAUGAAGUUCAUGUAUUUUCAGCGCAAGGCCAUCGAGCGCUUCUGCAGCGAGGUGAAGCGCCUGUGCCACGCUGAGAGGAGGAAGGACUUCGUGUCUGAGGCCUAUCUCCUCACUCUGGGCAAGUUCAUCAACAUGUUUGCUGUCCUGGAUGAGCUGAAGAACAUGAAGUGCAGCGUGAAAAAUGAUCAUUCUGCUUACAAAAGAGCUGCCCAGUUCCUGAGGAAGAUGGCAGACCCCCAGUCCAUCCAGGAGUCCCAGAACCUCUCCAUGUUCCUGGCAAACCACAACCGCAUCACUCAGUGUCUGCACCAACAACUGGAGGUUAUCCCUGGCUAUGAGGAGUUGCUGGCUGAUAUUGUCAACAUCUGUGUGGAUUACUAUGAAAACAAGAUGUAUCUCACCCCCAGUGAGAAGCACAUGCUCCUAAAGGUGAUGGGGUUUGGCCUGUAUCUCAUGGAUGGGAACGUCAGCAACAUUUACAAGUUGGAUGCCAAGAAGAGAAUCAACCUUAGCAAAAUAGACAAAUUCUUCAAGCAGCUGCAGGUGGUUCCUUUAUUCGGCGAUAUGCAGAUAGAACUGGCCAGAUACAUUAAGACCAGUGCUCACUAUGAGGAGAACAAAUCCAAGUGGACGUGCACUCAGAGCAGCAUCAGCCCCCAAUACAACAUCUGUGAGCAGAUGGUGCAGAUCCGAGACGACCACAUCCGCUUCAUCUCGGAGCUCGCGCGCUACAGCAACAGCGAGGUGGUCACUGGCUCCGGCCUGGACAGCCAGAAGUCGGAUGAGGAGUACAGGGAGCUCUUUGACCUGGCUCUACGGGGGCUGCAGCUGCUCUCCAAGUGGAGUGCCCAUGUCAUGGAAGUGUACUCUUGGAAGCUGGUUCAUCCCACAGAUAAAUUCUGCAACAAGGAUUGCCCAGGAACAGCUGAAGAGUAUGAGAGAGCCACCCGGUACAACUACACCAGUGAGGAGAAGUUUGCCUUUGUGGAAGUGAUUGCCAUGAUCAAAGGCCUGCAGGUGCUGAUGGGGCGGAUGGAGAGCGUCUUCAACCAGGCCAUCCGCAACACCAUCUAUGCAGCCCUGCAGGACUUCGCCCAGGUGACCCUGAGGGAGCCUCUGCGACAGGCUGUCAGGAAGAAGAAGAAUGUUCUGAUCAGUGUCCUUCAGGCGAUUCGGAAGACCAUCUGUGACUGGGAGGGAGGUCGGGAGCCUCCAAAUGAUCCUUGCCUGAGAGGGGAGAAGGAUCCCAAAGGUGGAUUUGAUAUUAAAGUCCCACGACGAGCAGUAGGACCAUCGAGCACACAGCUUUACAUGGUGAGGACCAUGCUGGAGUCCCUCAUAGCAGACAAGAGUGGCUCAAAGAAGACUCUGAGGAGCAGCUUGGAUGGGCCAAUAGUCUUGGCCAUUGAGGAGUUCCACAAGCAGUCCUUCUUCUUCACCCACCUUCUCAACAUCAGUGAGGCUCUGCAGCAGUGCUGUGACCUGUCCCAGCUGUGGUUCAGGGAGUUCUUCUUGGAGCUGACCAUGGGCCGCCGCAUCCAGUUCCCCAUCGAGAUGUCCAUGCCCUGGAUCCUCACAGACCAUAUUCUGGAAACCAAAGAACCCUCCAUGAUGGAGUAUGUGCUGUACCCCCUGGACCUCUACAAUGACAGUGCAUACUAUGCUUUGACCAAGUUCAAAAAGCAGUUCCUGUAUGAUGAAAUAGAAGCUGAAGUGAAUUUGUGCUUUGAUCAAUUUGUGUACAAGCUGGCAGAUCAGAUCUUUGCCUAUUACAAAGCGAUGGCUGGCAGUGUUUUACUGGACAAACGUUUCCGGGCUGAGUGCAAGAAUUACGGGGUGAUCAUCCCAUACCCCCCCUCCAACCGCUACGAAACGCUGCUCAAGCAGAGGCACGUCCAGCUGCUGGGCAGAUCAAUUGACCUGAACAGGCUCAUUACCCAGCGCAUCUCUGCAGCCAUGUACAAAUCAUUGGACCAGGCCAUCAGCCGCUUUGAGAGCGAGGACCUGACGUCCAUCGUGGAGCUGGAGUGGCUCUUGGAAAUCAAUCGCCUGACGCACAGGCUGCUGUGCAAGCACAUGACCCUGGACAGCUUCGAUGCCAUGUUCCGCGAGGCCAACCACAACGUGUCCGCGCCCUAUGGGCGCAUCACCCUGCACGUCUUCUGGGAGCUCAACUUCGACUUCCUGCCCAACUACUGCUACAACGGAUCCACCAACAGGUUUGUGAGGACAGCCAUCCCCUUCACACAGGAGCCCCAGCGGGACAAGCCAGCCAACGUCCAGCCCUAUUACCUCUACGGGUCCAAGCCUCUCAACAUCGCCUACAGCCACAUCUACAGCUCCUACCGCAACUUCGUGGGGCCGCCGCAUUUCAAGACCAUCUGUCGGCUCCUGGGCUACCAGGGCAUUGCUGUGGUCAUGGAGGAGCUGCUGAAGAUUGUCAAGAGCCUGCUCCAAGGCACCAUCCUGCAGUAUGUGAAGACUCUGAUUGAAGUCAUGCCCAAGAUUUGCCGCUUGCCAAGACAUGAAUAUGGCUCUCCAGGAAUCCUGGAGUUUUUCCACCACCAGCUGAAGGACAUCAUUGAGUAUGCAGAGCUGAAGACUGAUGUGUUCCAGAGCCUCAGAGAAGUGGGCAAUGCCAUUCUCUUCUGCCUCCUUAUCGAGCAGGCUUUGUCCCAGGAAGAAGUUUGUGAUUUGCUGCAUGCUGCUCCCUUCCAAAAUAUUUUGCCCAGGGUCUACAUCAAAGAAGGAGAACGCUUGGAGGUGCGCAUGAAGCGUCUCGAAGCCAAGUAUGCCCCACUCCACCUGGUUCCCCUAAUAGAGAGGCUGGGCACUCCGCAGCAAAUAGCCAUUGCCCGGGAGGGGGACCUGCUGACCAAGGAGCGGCUGUGCUGCGGGCUCUCCAUGUUCGAGGUGAUCCUGACGCGCAUCCGCAGCUACCUGCAGGACCCCAUCUGGCGCGGGCCACCGCCCACCAACGGCGUCAUGCACGUGGACGAGUGCGUGGAGUUCCACCGGCUCUGGAGCGCCAUGCAGUUCGUGUACUGCAUCCCCGUGGGCACCAACGAGUUCACGGCAGAGCAGUGCUUUGGAGAUGGUCUGAACUGGGCAGGUUGCUCUAUCAUUGUUCUCCUUGGACAGCAGCGGCGCUUUGACCUCUUCGACUUCUGCUACCACCUGCUGAAGGUGCAGAGGCAGGAUGGGAAAGAUGAAAUCAUAAAAAACGUGCCCUUGAAGAAGAUGGCGGACAGGAUCAGGAAGUAUCAGAUCCUGAACAACGAGAUCUUUGCCAUCCUGAACAAGUACAUGAAGUCGGUGGAAACAGACAGUUCCACGGUGGAGCACGUGCGCUGCUUCCAGCCCCCCAUCCACCAGUCGCUGGCCACCACCUGCUAGUGUGGACACGGACCCUGCACGGGGUGGGAAGGGAGCAGGGACUGAACCCAGACCAGCUGGGAGGGGUAAACUCGGUGGUGUGAGGCCUGCCAAGGGAGUGAGGCUGGGUCUGCCUCUCCACACGAGGACACACCGUCCCCUCGCCCCGCUGGAGUGCAUGUUCCUCUGUACCAUCCCUGUGAUCGGUUUUACUCGUAGCUUUCGGACUUGAGGGGGGGUGGGGGUGGGUGGGCAAAAUGUGCUUUUCUUCCAUGAAGUGGUCCAGUUUUCCCUGUGAUUCACCCAGUCCACACAUCUCUCUGAAGCCAUACUGCAGCCUCAGGUGGGAGAGCUCCACGCUCCCACAGCGCCAGGAACCCGCUCCCACUGCAGAAACAGUGGGACAAAUCAACACCCCUGUGACAUGUGCCACCAGCCAAGGAGCAGGAGGGGCUGAAGACAAGUCCCUGAUCCACUCUUUGAGGGGAAGAAGGGAUGAAGGCAGGAUGUCACCCAUGGCAGUGCCCUGAGGAGCAAGUGCUGGGUGCAGAGGAGCCCCGCCAGACUGGUUGUGGAUGGAUGUCUCAUCCAGCUUUGUGCUCUCUGCUUGUCCUUGGCCUUUCCAGCAGUUGUUUUCAUGAGCUUUGGCAUGUGGGCUUGAGGAUAGCAAUGAGGCAGUCACCAGAUAACUCCUCAGCACUUCAGAGAGCUGGGGAAACAGAAAACAGCCUGGCUUUUUCCAUGCUAUGGGACGUCCACUUAUUUUUAAGCAGAAGUUCUCCCCUGAAGACAUGUCCCCUUCCAUGUGUCUGGUUUAUUUUCCAAUAAACCAGAUUUCCUGUGGACUACAGAAGAGGCUGCAUUCAUGUGAAUGUGCUCUCAAACAUAUUAAUUUGGGUGGAAAUAAUCACUGGUGCUGACAGGAUGCAGGUAGAGUUACCUUGAACAUGUGGGAUCUUUGUUCUUCAGCCAAGGGUGAGAGCAGGGUGUGUAAUGUGUGUGUUCUGGGAUGCUAUUUUCCCUUGGUUUAGACAAAUUCCUAGUGGCACAGCAAACAAAUGCCUUUCUCCAGAGAAUGGUGACUACCAGCAGGGCUUAGGAAAUUUCCCAUAACUCAGAAAUCAUGUGAUUGUUUAGGAAAGGUAAAAUAUAGGAUAAGUUUUAAAAAAUACCCAGAAUUUUCCAAGUUCAGACAUGUUAGAGAGAACACUGGAGUCUGUUGCCUUUUCCCACUCAGCUAAUCUAAGAUCCCUGGAUAUUGAGAACAGAUUCAGGUGGAACUUCAAGGAGGAUUUCAUAACUCCUGGUCUAACCUGCUUCUAACCCUCAGCAGAGUCAUUGGAGUGAUACAAAAGCCAGUGCUUGAUGUGAAAGGAGAUCAAACCAUGUGCUCCAAGAGAAAAUGAUGCCAGCCUCACAACUGGCAGUGUUUCCUCAGCUCUAGCCUGGCCACAGCAAAAAUUGCUGUAUCCAGAUGUGAUAAUAUAUAUUUGUUCCAUGCAUUUCAUUAUGCUUUGUAAACUGCAUGCUGUUACAGAUGUUAAAAAGGCAGAGCCUGGGCAUUUAUUCUCUCAGAGGGAGCAUAUAAUUAAUUAGUAGAAAUAUCUGAGCUGGAGUUUUUGUCUUCAGAAACAAUAGCCAGCACACUACUGCUGGCAAGAGGAGAUCUUGGUGUGUGGCAUGAACUUGUGCUCCCAGACUCUCAUCACCUACUCCCUUGAUAAUCAAUAAUCAAUAAUCAAUACCCUGCAUGUGACAAGUGCUGGGCAUUUUCACGCCUUGAGUUUCAUUUUGUUACUGAGACAGGCCUUUUCAGCUGCAGGGAGGAAAUUGUGCAGCACAGUAACCUGAAAGUAAAAUGAAAUCUCAGGAAGUCUGGCUGAAAUCUUGGAGUGGCAGGGAAGGAGCCAGCCCAGCAAGGCGAGUUCUUUCCUCUGUGUCAUGAGGAAGAGCAGCACAAGAGCUUCUGGAGCUUGCUCUCUACUUACUCUUCCUCUAAGGAUGUCAGUUCUGCCAUUCCAUCGUGAUCCAACACUUCUACACUACUGGAGUGAGGGAAUCUAGAGUUAUAUAUUUUUAAAAGGAAGAGAAGAAUCAAGAACUUUAUUUUUUGUGGAAAACAAAAAUAAAGGAAGGAUAAUGCAAGGAAGAUAGAUCCGACCAAGAUCCUAUUUUUCCUGACCUAAAUAGCAAGUGCUUGUUAUUUUGGUAUCAAAGUCUUGCUGAAAAGUUGGCACAAGUCCCUGUCUGGCUUUCAGAGCCACCUCUAGGCACAGCACAAAUUAAGUGUCCUAUUACAUCUGACAAGCUAUGGAAUGCUGGAGUCUUCUUGGAAACCAGCAUGUACCAGAAGUUGCUACAAAAGAAUGAACUGUACCAAAUGGCUCAGUCUCAGCUACCUAGACAAAAAUGGGAUGUAGUAAGGUGAAUUUAAAUCCCUCUUUUCAUCAGUUUAGGUCUGGAGUGAGUCAUGAGAUAUUUCACCUAAUAAUCUGUAAAUCUGUUUGCAUUCUUUUCCUGUAGUUUUGCCAUAAUUCCCUGCAAGCCUGCAAAACACACUUGCACUGGAAGUUUGUUGUACUUGUACAGGCUGUACUUGAAAGAACAAGUAGUUGAAAUCUAUUUGUUGCCCUCAGAUUUGCUAGCAAAAAUGUCAAAUCCCUCCAGAUUCCAAGGGAUUAAAUGUUUUGAGCAAAAUGUCAAAGUGCAUGAACAAAAUGUAAAGUGUUUUGACUGUAGAGUGUAUGCAGAUCUUUUGCUUGUUGCUCAAGUAGUAUGAGAUAUCAGCUAGUAAUAAUCACAGUCUUAAUUUCUGAGAUUUGACGUUACUGUCCUUUGAUUAUCUCAAGGAUUCAGAUACUCCUUAGCUUCAGUUUUCUCACCCUCUUUGUCUGUAAAUGAGAAAGGUCCAGGCUUAGGUCUUUAAACAACUUCAUGAAAAUGGAUUUUUUUUCCUCCCAUGCUUUUUUAAAUGUCAUAAUUGUUAAUGGAAAUAGGGAGCAGAUUUGUAAGAGUAGGGCUAAAUAGUAACAGAUUGCCAGGGGUUCAGGGAUAUUCCUCACACUUGCAGACUUUCUGCCAAGUUUGGGAGUCUUCCUUGCAGUUGUGCUUCAGUCCUGUAUUUUUCAGUCUUUUAUAAUCAGCAGACUUCUAAUGUUGUUUUCUUAGGGAAAUGUUGACCCCUGUCUGAACCCUCCCAAGUCCACUGACAAUGGAAUUGCUUUUUAUUAUCUAUCUUUUCCUGCUUAUGCUAAAGUAGUCUGCAACUGCCCAGCACUCACCAGCCACCACUUGGAAUGUCUACUCCAAAGUCAAGCUGUUGGCUCCAAACAGGAAUUACAGGGAGGAGAAAGGAUGGCCUGUGUCAUGCAUGAAGUCAGACUGGGUUAUUUUAAUGUUCCCUCUGGCUUUGCCAUUAUGAAAUGUGACUGUUGGCAGUGCACAUGCUUUUCUGGGAUGAUGCUACACUUGACUUGCAAUGCUACAAUAGAAUGGGGAAGCAAACUAGAUGAAAUUCAGCACUUCAGUGGUUUUCCUUUUAAAUUCUGACAGCACUUAGUAGCACUGAACCACAUUAGUCCUUUUCCUCCUGCAUUACUCCAGUCCAGUGGGUUCAUGUGUAUUGGAGAACAAAAGAGAAAAUAAUCAAAGGUGUAAAAAACCAAGAAAAUAUUCUCAAAAACUGUUGUCAAAUGUACCAUAUUUGUAUGAAAAGCUGCUUGAGUUAUUUUGUACAAUGAAUUUUAUUUAUGGUGAGGUAUAUUUACGCUUGUGAUCUGAUACAGUGUUAAAUUUUUGAUCCAUAUUUGCUAUGCAGCUGAAGAUGAUAUUUUUGUUUUGUAUUAUUAUUUUUUGCUGUUGUUCUAAAAUUCAGCCAACAGAAGCUUCCAUCUCCAUUAGAAGUGCUUCUGCAAGAGUAAAGCAUCUGAUACCUGGUGAUAUGUCCCGUAACACAGCAACCAACAAUGUGUACAACAAAUGUGGGAUGACUUUUGUGAUGAAGAAAAAUAAAGAUUGGGCUCAUUCAUGAAAUGGGCAGAAUUUA